AUGGCCACUCAGCCCCCAUCCGACGGAUACUAUGACCUCGGAUCUUUCCAGCGCACUGUCACCACCACGAGCGAAGACGCACAAACGUGGUUCAACCGCGGCCUGAUCUGGAGUUAUGGUUUCAAUCACGAGGAGGCGGCAGAUUGUUUCGAGAGGGCUAUUGCUGUCGACCCAACCUGUGCUGUGGCUUACUGGGGCCUUGCAUACGCCCUCGGACCCAAUUACAACAAGCCGUGGGAAUUCUUCGAUGGCGAGGAACUCGAGUCCACAGUCACACGAACCCAUUCGGCACUUGAACAAGCCAAAUUCAAAGCCGGCAAUGCUACCCCGGUAGAGAAAGCCCUCAUCGACGCGCUCGAGUUCCGCUAUCCACAGGCGCAGGCGGCGAGCGAUUGUUCAGUUUGGAACCAGCGCUAUCCACAAGCUCAGGCAGCGAGCGAUGGUUCGGUAUGGAACCAACUAUACGCAGAUGCCAUGGGUGUAGUAUAUGCUCGAUUUCCCGACGACCUCGACGUAGCAACGCUCUAUGCUGAUUCUCUGAUGAAUCUGACACCUUGGAAGCUCUGGGAUCUGUCCACCGGUGAACCAGCCGCCGGAGCCCGUACUCUCGAGGCAAAGAUCGUUCUUGAUCAUGGCCUAGCACAGCCUGGCGGUCUCCAGCAUCCAGGCCUUCUCCACCUCUACAUUCACCUGAUGGAGAUGUCGGAGGCGCCGGAGAAGGCUUUACCUAUAGCAGACCACUUGAGAGGACUAGUUCCUGACUCAGGCCAUCUCAAUCAUAUGCCUACACAUCUCGACAUACUCUGCGGCGACUACAGCCGCGCGAUGACCUCGAACUUGGACGCCAUUCGGGCGGAUGAAAAAUUCCUUUCCCGAGCCGGUCCACUGAAAUUUUAUACUCUGUAUCGAUCGCACGAUUACCAUUUCCGUCUCUAUGCGGCAUUGUUUGCAGGAGAGUCCAAAGUGGCCUUGGAGACCGUAGAUUGGCUUGAGGCGUCCAUCCACGAAGACUUGCUGAGAGUCACAUCACCACCUAUGGCUGACUGGCUGGAAGCGUUCUUGGGUAUGCGCGUACAUGCUUUGAUCCGCUUCGGUCGAUGGCAGGAUAUCCUCGAUCUCAAGCUUCCUCAUGAUCAGGAUCUCUACUGCGUGACCACGGCCUUGACGCAUUACGCCAAGGGCAUAGCAUUGGCAGCCACUGGGAGGGUGGGAGAAGCGGAGAAAGCGCGCCAGGAUUUUCGAGACUCAUUGGGACGUGUGAAAUCAAGCCGGACAUUGUUCAACAACACCUGCGUGGAUAUCCUCGCGAUCGCAAAUGCAAUGGUCGACGGGGAACUCGAAUACCGCCGCGGAAAUGUCGACGCUGCGUUUGCCCACCUCCGUCAGGCCAUUGCUUUGGAUGAUGCUCUUCCGUACGACGAACCUUGGGGUUGGAUGCAGCCACCUCGCCAUGCGUAUGGGGCACUUCUGCUUGAACAGGGUCGUCUCGAGCAAGCAUUGGCAGUGUACACCGCCGACCUGGGGCUCGACAAUACUCUUCCGCGCGCUCUCCGACACCCCAACAAUGUAUGGGCGAUGCAUGGCUAUGAAGAGUGUCUUAGAAGACUCGGGCGUGCGGCGGAAGCCGAAAAAGUUAGGUUACAGUUGAAUUCGGCUAUGGCGAAGGCAGACGUGGCCAUCAAGUCUUCCUGCUUCUGUCGGACCAACACAGAAUUGUAA